AUGGAUUCAGAUUGGGCAGGUUUACCAAGACACCUUUUAGACCAAUUUUUGGAGAAGUUGGAGAAGCUAACGGAUUAUUUGUCAUUUAGUUCUAUUUGUCUCUCGUGGCGAUCUGCAGUAACGGAUAACCAUAACAGAAGUAAACUUAUCGAGUUGAGUCGUCAUCAGGUUCCGAUGCUUUUGGUCCCCAUUAAAAGCAAAGAAGAUGAUGAAUGGAACAUGUAUAGCGUCUUGAAUGGCAAGUUCUCAAUGCGAAAGCUAUUUCUUCCCCCAUAUGAUAAGCCUUUCGGCGGUUCUUCAGAAGGAUGGCUAGUUACUCUUGAUGAGAGUUUAGCAGUAUUUAAGGUUGCAUCAUAUACACCUAACCCAACAACGGAUCCGGAUGAUGUAAUUCUUGCAGUAAUAUUUGGAGAGUAUGCAGAAUUAGCUUAUAUUAGACCGACUAGAGACACUACGUGGACUCGUGUUACUGGGUUGGGCAUUAAAACAUUUGAUGACAUUGUGUAUUACAAGGGUCAAUUUUAUGCCUUGUCUUACGAGGGAGAGCUUGUGUCUUUCGAUGUUACAAACCCAUCUAAGUCAAAUAUGAGGUUAGUUUUGGCAGAGGAUUCUGAUAAAUAUUAUUUUGUUAAAGGAGGAUUUUGUUACAAAAAAUACCUGGUGAAAUCGUAUGGAGGAGAGCUUCUGCUGGUUUGAAGGUAUUUAGAUCGGCGUUUUGGUGAUAUCGAUCGCGUCACGAAAACUUUUAAAGUUUUCAAAUUGAGUUUUGAUGGACCGAGGUGGAUUGAGAUGGAAAGUUUAGGUGAUAUGGCUUUGUUUGUAGGCGACAACGCCUCCACAUCCGUCUCUGCUUCAAACUUUCCUGGGUGUUUGAAGAAUUGCAUCUACUUUACUCAUGACAAGAAUACUAUUCCAAUUGAGUAA